AGCUGUUGUGAAGGAAAAAGGAAAACAAUGGCCUCUCUUAGAUGUAAUUACUCAGUUAUAUUUCUCUUUUCAGUUGUGUUAUUUGCAUCUUUAAUCCCAAAAUUGCAUGCCAACAUUGGUGACUUUGACCCUUAUUUGGAAAAGAGAGCUGAAGAAGCCCUCCAGUCUUCUCUUGCUGCUUACAAUGAAAAUCCUGAGCAACUUACACAAACAUUCAACAAGGAAGUUGGAGAAACUCUCUUUAAUGGCACGAGGAGGUAUCUGAGGGAGAUGAUAUGAGAAAAAUGCUUUCAUCAUGUAAGAAAAUGGAAUUCUUCUAGAAAUUA